ACUGAGGGCGGCCGGUGGAAACGGAAGGGCUACGAGCUUACAGGCUGCGGCAGCAGCAGAGAGGGGGCGUGGGGGCUGCCGGCUGGCGGCACAUGGCGGCGAGCCCGGGCGACCAGCUGGCCAGCGCCGCGGCGCGGGGGGACUGCGCGGCAGUACAGGCGCUGCUGGAGGCGGGCGCGGCCCCCGACGCCCAGAACAGCUUCGGCCGCACGGCGCUGCAGGUGGUGAAGCUGGGCCACACGCCCCUGGUGGAGCUGCUGCUGCGGAGCGGAGCGGACCCCAACCGGCCGGACCCCGCCACCGGCUCCCGCCCUGCGCACGAUGCGGCCCGAGAAGGCUUCCUGGACACGCUGGUGGCGCUGCACCGCGCCGGGGCCCGCCUGGACCUGGCCGACCGAUGGGGCCUGCCCCUGGACCUGGCCCGGGAGCACGGGCACCUGCCGGUGGUCCGCUACCUCCUCGCCCAGCCCGGGGCCGCGCCCCCGUCCCAGCCCGCCCCCCGGAGCUGAAAUGCCGGGUCCAGAGCGGGGGAUUCCCGCUGCUCGGGGCUGGGCGGGACAUCCCGCCUGCUGCUCUGCUCGCUUGCCAUCUCAGUGCCAUCUCAGCUCGCCACUGCCCGCAUCUACUGGGCCGGGCUGGGCCGAGCCGGGCCGCGGGGAAGGACGGGGCUGCUGGAAAAUGCUCUUCCAACGCAUCGAGCCCAAGCCCAACCAGGACACGCCACCUCCAGCCAAGGCAAACCCGCUGCCCAUGCAGAUAGAUGCUAAAGCGCUUCGGCAUGGCAACUUAGUACUUAUAUAGCAUAGAAGGUUACGUUUAUACCACUUCUACAUUUAGAGACGAGCCUGCUUAUUUACCUUUAUAUAGCAGGCAUUUAUAGCGGAGGCUCCAUGGAAGAGGUUAUUAGAGAGGUGAACAUCAAAAAUGCAGGAAGUACGCAAUCUGGCUACAUUGUAUCUGAUAUAUAAUGUUAUAUAUCUAUUUGUCUGUUUUAUAUGACAGAGAGAGCGAGAAUGCUGGAGUCAGAUUUGUUGCGGAGCCCACUGUUUGUGUCGCUCAAGAGUGAGCUGGCGGCUGUCCUCGGAGAGCGCUAGAUUAAAGAGUAUUAGCAUGUCCCAAUCUCGCCUGCUGUGCGCGGAAUGAUUGAACACGGCGCGCCUUAUGUCUGUGAUCAGCCGUCAAGAGCCUGGUUUAAAAUGCUUUAGGAUAUAGGAUCUAGUGGAUCUAGAAUCGAGAACUACUAGAUUUAAUUUAAAAAAAAAGCCUCUGUGGAUCGAGAGAUUUCGGCAGUUGGCGGUGGUGACAGACCAAACACCCCAGCCCUAAAACGGAGCCGCUGGGGAUCGUACCCCUGCAUUGUUGUGCAUCUCGAAGGUCUCAGAGGCCGAUCUACAUGAGCCCUGACAAUGACCCUUCCACUUCUUGAACAGAGCUCCACAUGAAGCACCAAACACCGAGUUAAGCAGAGUUUUCUUGACUCCCUUGAGGACAGAAAACUCCCUCAGUCCUACUUUCCUAUGCUAUGAUGACCCGGCCCCGACGGAAACAGUUCGCUUCUAGCCGGUUGCGAGCUUUCUUUGCUCAGGGCGAGGGACCCGCGAUGUUCUUCUGGGUCCGGACGUUUUCAGUUUGCAAAUCCCAAGGGGGAAAAAAAACCCUCCCCGCUGGCGAUUCGCGCUUUCCUGAUCUACAGUUCGGUGCCUCGGGACUGGACCCUCUCCUACCCAGAAACCCCAGGUCAACACGGCAAGGUUUGCAGCCUGGCCCCGCGCUGCCUCUCAUCAUCACACAGGGAAUCCGCACCCCGACUCGGUCCCAGUACCAGUAACAACCAGCAGGGACCCAUCCUUCAGGGUGCUCAGCUCCCUGCACCGUUCCCCUUGCCUGGAAAGGCCGAGUCUACACUGUACCACUCAGAAUCCGGCUAAAAAACAGAUGGACGAAGCCUUUUUACUCUGGGAUCCUACAGACCUAUAAAUCCCACCCUAAGUGCUUGCAGCUCAGGAAUCCUCUUUUCCUCCAGGGCUGGCUGUCGUGAGUGGGUGUCAAUGCACCUGGGACACAAGGCUGCAGCCCCCAGGGCCCCUGGAGAAGUGAUUCUUAACCAGGGUGUCCCACGAUCCUUGUAAGGAUGCUGAGCAAUGUUCGCAAUAUUAGCUGAGUCAGCCAACACCUAUACUGAUUCACGGGGUAAAGAUUUGGAACAGGAAUCCAGUGUUAAAACCAUUGUGACCUGCCAUGGGCAGAUCUAGGAUUUUGAGAAAGGGGGUUGUGGUGCAUCGAUAGAUAUGAUACAUUACACAUUUUGUCAUAGAUUUCAUAGACAUUAGGGCUGGAAGGGACCUGGCAAGAUCAUCGGGUCCAGCCCUCUGCCCAAGCGGCAGGAUGUCAAAUGAUCCCAGCAAGGUAGGCACCAAGGUGAAACGAAAUUAGAAGUUUUACUAAUAUACUAGGGACCUAGAGCUACGUUAUUCCUCUCAAGAUGGUAGAACUCCCUCCUUCCCCCCAAAUAUAACGUUAUUGGAAUGGUAUAAAACGUUGAUAAACACA